UAAUCAAUGCCAAAACUUUCGUUCUCUGACUUAAAACAGUCUUGAUCAUUAGUUAAUGAUUAAUAUAUAUUUUAGUUCAGGUUACUAACAUUUACAAUAACUAUAUAAACGGCUUAAACGGGUCAAUGAGCUAAGGUCAGCACGGCCGAUGUACAUGAACAUAUCCCAUUCGUCGAUAUUAUGACGUAAAAUCCGGAAUUCCCUCUUGGGCUUUUGGCUUCUGCGAAAUUAUAUAACAAUUAUCGAUUGCUUUUGCAUUGUCGAUAGAAAACUUCAACAUAUACACCUCGCCACAAUGUAGCAAAGCUUCAUAUAAACCUAGUCUACGGGGUAAGUGGAGCCGUAAGUACCUUUUUAUACGUCAUAUAUAAAUCAUCAUUCGAACCCGGAAACUCCAGAUUUAAAGCGUGCUACUGACUCAUUCAGAUACUUGUAUAUUGUUAUCCUUGUUAUGGAAUUCCUAGGAACUCCAGUCUACUCGUCUCUUCAUUGGCUGUAGAUUAUUUCAUUUUUUUCUUCGAAAGUAUGUUUGUGAUUGGACUAUCCUGUAGGCCAAGUUAACAGGACGAGAUAGACUGUUGGUAAUUUCCCUUCGUCAGUCAAACUUACAAACUACUGCUCCAGAGACAAGUAUAGUCAUCUACAUCGGCAUUUAGUUGACAGAGAUGGGGAGCACGAGCAGUAAACCCCCGCCGAAUUAUCACCCGAAGAAGUCCGGUUCCUUCUGCUUGACCGAUAAAGCCCUAGAAAGGCGGCGGCUGAAGCGGCUCCAUAGCAUCUCAGAUCUCCCUGCCCCUAAGAACGCCAAAUACGUCACACAGGAAGAGCUGUUUUGGACUGGCAAGAGAAGUCUGGUCCCCAGCCUCGAAAAGCUGCAGCAUGUUGAUGACCAUGUUCUUAAGACUCCAACCCACCUUUCAAGAAAUGCUGACGUCCUCGUGAAGCAUCUAAUCAGUGUUGGUAGGACAAAACUUGAGCAGUUCAGAGCAAUAUUUCGAUGGACAGCUGAAAACAUCGCUUACGAUGUGGUGUAUCUUAAUACAGGGCGACCACAGCAGAACGAACCGGAAGAUGUACUCAGGAAUGGCUAUGCAGUAUGUGCCGGCUACGUCAAUUUGAUCCAAAGUUUCUGUCGCAUUGCUAACAUCACAUGUCGCUACAUUGGCGGAAUGUCCAAGAGUGGCGAGUACAUGCCUGGAGACGAGAUAGAUAUGGAAGAAGACAAAGGACACGCGUGGUUAAUAGUUAACCUCGGAGGCAGAGACUACCUCUGCGAUCCGACAUGGGCUGCCGGCUCAACAGAGGGCGACAACAGACGCAAGGUUUUCAAGAAGUGUUGGGAAGAGACGUGGUUUCUAAGUAAUCCCGACCAGUUCUUGGAGAGUCAUUGGCCAAGGGCUGAUUCACCGACAGGCACCCGAGAAGAGAAGAGGACAGACUUACAGCUUGUCAGCAAUUCAGUACAGAAUUUCGACGAAUGGCUGAAAAGACCACUGAAGAAGGGUGGAGGCCCAUACGACGUGACUGUUGACUUGUUGACCCACAGUACCGGUGUCCAAGAGCUUCUCGACAACACAGCCGAGAUCAAGAUCCAAUACAACAAAUGCCCGCUCGCAGUGCAUGCGAAGCUGUUUGUGGCCAGAUCAGAAACAGAGUUGAAGGGAUACGCAAAGGUUGAACAGCGCGGUAACACGUACAUCACGUAUGUCCGCCUCCCAAAGGCAAACAUUAAGUACCUACUGAAGAUCAACGGUGGUCCUCUCUACCCGGCUUUAGACUCCGACAGGGCUUCAAAUCUAGUCACGUACAAACUAAUUGGUAAAGGACCACAGACGAAUCAAUCGUAUCCAGGGGAGAAGGACUCGUAUAAUGUUGGCGUUGGGCGAAAGUUCACUGACAGUGGCUACAACGCUGGUUCCAUUCCGCAUCCCUUCAUUCGGACCGCUACAGGAAAGCUACAGCUGAAAUUUGGAAUACCUCAUAAUGCUUCUAGUCGUGACGUCACAGCCAAACUGACUUUUGGCGCGCAAGGGGAAUCUCUAAAGAAAGAGUUUUGCUUGGACAUGAUAAAUCAAAACACGUUAACUUGUCACUUGAACUUGAAGAGAAAGGGAGAAUACCUCUUCUCAAUUCUUACUCGUAUUCCCGAAAGGAACAAACCGGAUCAGUUUAGCUUUGCUGCUAAUUUUGUCAUUAACUGUGAGAAUCCUACAACAGACCCAGUGAAUUUCCCAGAGAGGCAGUUCCCUUAUGGACCAACGCGAGAAUUCUACGCCCUCGGGUUCAAAAUCAUCCGCCCACAUGAUUCGCUACUUGUUGCAAGGGAUGGCACUACUGAGAUGGUCAUACAGAGACCAGAUGAUGUGUUCUUUACGUAUGUGCUUAUGAAAAAUGGUACCCGCUACCCUACGGAACACAAAUGCAUCAUGGCCGAUGUUAAAGGGGAUGUUGUUCACUUCAAAUUUCGUCUCCCAGAGAAAGGAAUGUUUCAAUUCUACAUCACAGAACUUGAGGAUGGGCAGGCUACUGAAUGGCUGUGUUUCUGUUUGAUUGAUUCAAAAGCUCCCUACCAGGGGGAGUUGUUUCCGGAACACUGGACAUGCUGGGGACCUACUUUGGAAUUCAGGAAGCUUGGCUUUAGGACCAAGAAUCGAAAAUCUUCGACAGUUGUGGCCAAGAAUGGAAAGUGUUGUCUCACCAUUGCCAACCCUCUCCGCAGAGACAGAAUCAUGUACAAAGUCUUAAAUCAAAACGGGAAGGAAAUUAACGAGAAUGCUUGCUGUGAUGUCACCACAAAUGGACAGGUUCUCUCCUUCCACUUUCGCUUUGCCGAAGCUGGUUUGUACACCUUUCGCUUGAGUAGCAUCAGUGCCAGGCACGAGUGGGACGAUUGGCUAGCAUUCUAUCUCAUUGACUGCCGUGCUCCCUGGCAGGGAGUCUUGUUCCCGCGUCUGGAAACGCCAAUCGGCGGGACUAUUGCAAUGGUGGAGUUGGGCAUGCGACCAGCUAAGGACAGAUACUUUGUCAAGACAAAAACUGGGAGAUGUGCAAUCAAAUUCAAUGCAGAUAAUGCAUUGCAUGUCGUUCAUUCUUUGACACGGAACAACACGAAACUUAACCAGCAUGUCUACGCUGAGACACAGCCGCGUGUUCUUAACAGUAAAGGACUGGCUAUCAUUUACAACCUAGCCCUACCGGAGAGCGGAAUGUAUCUUCUCACCGGUUGGCAGACCGAGGGUGGUAGCACAAAGAGUCAACUGUUCCGUAUAGUCAUCGAGUGUAAACAACCAGCAACUCCGUGUGUUCCGUUCUUCUCUAACCAGAACACCCCCAAUUUCUCCGUAGGGCUAGACGAGACUGCGAUAGAAAAAUCAGGGGUAAGACCACAGAACUUGAAGUCAUCCACACUGUCACCGGACAGGCGUGGUACCGUUGAAGUUAUUCUAGACAAUCCGAAAAAUUCUGACAGUGUGUGGGGUUGGUUGGUUUCGGCAAACACUGCUGCUCCAUCGACGGAAUUGAUGCGGUACAUCCUGAAGCAGAAGACCAGCGGCAAGGUCACUCUGAAAGUGACGCCGCCAGAGCCAGGAUGGUACCUUCUCCACAUCGGCACGAAGGUCCAUGGUCAGACAGUCCAGCCGUGUUCGUUCUUGAUUGAUGUCAAGCAGAGCCAACCAGAAGGCGGAGGCUUCCCGACGGCAUUUGGCUCAUUCGUAGAAUGUAAUGGUGCAUUGCUUCAUAGCCCACUGCUUCACGCCCUGACCAGGGACCAGGAUUACAUAUUUAAGCUGACAGUGCCCGGCGCGGAUGCGGUCAGGGCAGGCGAUACAGUUCUGCAGAAGGGGCGCGGUGACACCUUCACGGGGAAAAUGAGGAUUGACGCAGCAUCCAAGGACGUGGUGAUUGUCGGGGAAUUCAGAUCGAAGGCCACAGCUCUGUUAAAGUUUGACCUAUUGGGGAAGGCACCAAAGAAGAAAAAGCUGCAAGCUUGAAUGAAAUAUUUUACGUGUUUCCAGGUGACGUCUUCUCCAGGGAGUUUGUAUUAUGGUUUCGAAGAUGAGUCAAACAUUGAUGUUAUGGAUUUUUGUAACAUUAUCUCGUGUGUCGUGCGUAUGAAGACAAAACAUGGUCAUUUGUCGAGGGCAGAAUGGAUUUUCCUGCACCGUGGAAUGUAAUGUCGCCCGAGGCCGGAGGCCGUGUGUGAUUUCACAUGUCGAUAAACUGAUUGGUUCACUAUCAUAUUUAAUGGAACAGCCUCAAAAGGAUAUCAAUAAGAAGCAAACGAAGUGAAUCACCAAAUACAAAUGUAAUUCAUUAAUUGUUUUUGGGAACUUCUUUAUAGAAUGUAGGCCAAUCUCAUUUCUAACAUCCUUGAUUAAAGUUGUUGCCGAUAUGACUUGCUGAGUUUCUUUUCUGAACAUAAUGGUGCAAUAAACGGCC